GCGUCCCGCGGAGACAGGAGAUCCUGUCGCGGUAGUUGGCUCUGACUCACGUCCAGCAUUUAUAUUGACUUGAAUUAUAAAAGAAAGGGGUCUGGAUUUUUGAAAAAAAUCUUUGUACGCAGUCAUUUGGUGACUCUCAACGUCUUCCAGAUUGAAAUACCAGCAACUUCUGUUACAAUUUGGCAGCAAUGAGCAAAUCCGGGACGGCCAAACUUAGACAGUUGUUUGUCAAAAAGUCACAAGAUAAAGAAAAAAAGGCAGAUGGAAAAAAUGCUUCCAAACACACGGCUUCGCCCGGGGAUGGAGAGCCCACGAGUCCGAUCGAUAAGCAGGCAACUUCACCGACCAGUCCGACUUCGCCCAUCAAUCCACAGGGAACGACGUCUCCGAGCGACGCGACGGUCAGUCCCACCGAGAAGAAGCGAAGACGAUUCAAGUGGCCCAAAAGGAAGAGUUCACGGGACAAGUCCCACAACGACCCUCUGUUUUUCAGCGACUCCGAGGACCUCGAGGCCACGAGGAACCACCUGAGCUUCGACCAGGUGAGCGUGCUGACGGAGUUCAGCGUGCAGAGCGAGCGCCUCUCUCCUGUGGACGUGGACUCGGCCUCCAUGUACAGCCUGGACAUGUCCCACCGCAGCGCCACCUCGCCCCGGUCCAGGAAGAGCUCUGAGGACAAACCCGGCGUGUUUGUGCGCAUCGGCAGCUUCUUCAGCAGCAAGCGACGGAAAAGCAGCAAGGGUCACUCCGAAUCCAAGGAGGAGGCCACGCCCCCGACGUCCCCGACGGAGGAGGAGUGGCCGAGCACCCCCACGGGCAGCCCGCGGGGGGUUCGGGACGGCGUGGGGUUGGGGGUGGGGGUGUCCCUGCCGGAGCUGCGGACGGAGCGGCCCCAGGGUAGCCCCGGCACGCGCAGCGUCGUCUCGCUGCUGGACGGCGAAGGCAUCCCAUUCGCCGACAGCGACAGCAGCGGGCGGGGCAGCGUGAAGGAGGCGGGGUCUCAGGAGCGGGUCGGGGGCGGGGCCGACGGGGCCGGCGGGGAAGAGGGGAGGAGUCCCGGGGAGGUGAAGUCGCCGGAUGUGGUUUUGGGGGGGGUGUGCCGGAAGCUGCAGGCGUACCUGGAGGAGACCAGCGUGAACGCGGUGGUGGGGGAGGGAGGAGACAGCGGCCCGCGCAGACAGCCCCUCGUCUGCUCCACCGUCAAGCGGAACUUCGAGGUGGUGAGCAAGGCCAGGCCGACCAGCUGGGACUUGGUGGAGCCGCUGGACGCCAAGUUUUUUGUGAAGACCACGCCCCUCGGGGGUGCGUCGCUGCGCUCGCAGUCCUGCUCCGAGGACGGCGGGCCGCCGGUGUGGGUGCGCCCCUCGCCGGAGAACACCAGCUCGGGGGAGGCCACGCCCACUAAUGGCCGCUCCAGCCCGGCUCCGCCCGCCGCAGACGAAGUGCCCGUGAGCCCCCACCUGCUGUGGGUGGAGACGCACCUGGGCGGGUCGGAGGGGGGGCCGCCGCCCGAGCCCGAAGCUGCUCCCGCUCCCGUUGGCGAGCCGCCAGCCCAGCCCGUCUCCGUGGAGACCGACAUGGCGGCGCGGCAGGAAGUCAGGCCGGAACACAAGCGCAGGAGCAUCAAAAUCUCCAAAACGGAGCACACCUUCACCAAGAGCCUGAGCCUGAACGCCGAGCCCACCCCCCAAAAAACCAGCGCCCCCGAGAAAACCAGCACCCCCAGCGACAAGGCCCCGCAGAGGCCAGAGGCUAAACUGCUGGCGAACGUGAAGGUGAGUUUAGGGAUGAAGAAGCAGCCACCCUCAAGGAGCAGAUCCGCAGAGAAAGCUUCGCCCAUUAGCCCCGCCAGUCCCGUCUCCCCGCGGUCUCCACAGCGCCCCCCUAAGGCCCGAGCGGGAAGCGCAAGUUCGAAGGCUCCGGCGGAAAGUCGCGUGGUGAACGGCACAGAGGUUCAGGGCAGGAAGCAGGAGGGCGUGGCCCGAACGCCCCCUCCUCCCCCGUCCCCAGAGCCGGUGGAUAAAGGCCCCGACACCCUCAAGUCCAAAAUCCCCAAGAAGGCCAAUGUGGAGAUAAAGCUGAAAACCUUGUCGGUGACCAGCCACACGGUGACCAGUCCUACGGUGACCAGUCCUACGGUGACCAGACCCACGGUGACCAGUCCUACGGUGACCAGCCCCACGGUGACCAGCCCCACGGUGACCAGUCCUACGGUGACCUCGCCCGGCACGGAGAAGGGCCCCGCCGACAACGACCCCAUCUCGGCCGGCGGGAUGGACGGAAAAAAACAAGCGCCGGUGCAGGGCGAGAGCAGCCACUCCCCCCGGAGCAGACUGCCCAAAGUCGCCGACGGCGCCCCUUCCUCCACCAGGAGAUCCCGCUCGGGGAAAAACAAAGCCCCCUCCGCCCUGCCGAGCCCGGUGAAACCCGGCGACGCCGCGGCGAAGCCGCCGACCGUCGACUCGCCGACGAGCCCCGCCAAGGACCCGGCCGAAGGGCCGCAGGCGGGCACCAGGCUGCCCCGCCCGUCUCCGGCGCAGCCCGCCAAACAGCCGUCCAGCGAGGAAGUCGUCGUCAUCGUCGCCACGGACACGGCUCCGCCCGCGUCGCCCUCCCAGCCGGACAGCAGGCUGAGGAGGCCCAGCGGCAAGGAGUCGCCGCCGAAGGCGCUGAAAGCGCAGGGCGACGGCGGGAAGCCCGGUAAAGGCGCCUCGCCGGAGAGCCCGACCAAGAUCCCGGGGAGAGACGCGAGCGAUGGCGGGGCGCAGGGCGGGGCGCAGGGCGGGAGCAAACUGCCCAUGCCCAGUCACAGGAGCCCCCCGAAACCGAGACCCAAGAAGCAGGCGGGAAAGACGGCUGACGGCCAGCCUGCCGCGGCCGUUGACGGCGCUGGUCCGGCGGCUUCUGGCGCGGACGCCCCCCAGGCUGAGGCCCGGAGCGCAGCGGCAGGGGGGGGGAGGUCUCUGCCCGCUCCGGGCGGUAAAACGGCAGGUGAGAAGGUCUCACAGACAGAGGAGAGGCCCCCUGUGCAGGCCAGACCAGCAGAACAGAUCCCUGCCCCAACAACCGCUGAGGCACCUGCCCCAACACCUGCUGUUAAACCUGCCCCAACACCUGCAGAGGCACCUACCCCAACACCUGCUGUUAAACCUGCCCCAACACCUGCAGAUACAUCUGUUGCUACCCCAACAACUGCCCCAGCACCUGCCAAUACAGCAGCUCCAACACCUGCCCCAACACCUGCAGAUACACCUGCCCCAACACCUGCUGUUAAACCUGCCCCAACACCUGCAGAGGCACCUACCCCAACACCUGCAGAUACAUCUGUUCCUACCCCAACAACUGCCCCAGCACCUGCCAGUACACCAGCUCCAACACCUGCAGAUACACCUGCACCAACAACUGCAGAGGCACCUGCCCCAACACCUGUUGUUAAACCUGCCCCAACACCUGCGGAUACACCUGCCCCAACAACUGCAGAGGCACCUGCCCCAACACCUGCUGUUAAACCUGCCCCAACGACUGCAAAGGCACCUGCCCCAACACCUGCAGAUACAUCAGUUCCUACCCCAACAACUGCCCCAGCACCUGCCAAUACAGCAGCUCCAACACCUGCCCCAACACCUGCAGUUACACCUGCCCCAACACCUGCUGAUAAACCUACAGUUACACCUGCAGCACCACCACCUGCUGAUAAACCUGCCCCAACACCUGCUGGUACAUCUGCCAGUACACCAGCUCCAACUCCUGCAGAGGCACCUGCCCCAAUACGUGCUGUUAAACCUGCCCUAACACCUGCCUCAAGACCUGGAGACACAGCUGCCUCAACACCUGCUGUUAAACCUGCCCCAACACCUGCUAAUAAACCUACAGUUACACCUGCCCCAACAUCUGCUGAUAAACCUGCCCUAACACCUGCCUCAACACCUGCUGUUAAACCUACAGUUACACCUACCCCAACAUCUGCUGAUAAACCUACAGUUACACCUACCCCAACACCUGCUGAUAAACCUACAGUUACACCGGCCCCAACACCUGCUGAUAAACCUGCCCUAACACCUGCCUCAACACCUGCUGUUAAACCUACAGUUACACCUACCCCAACACCUGCUGAUAAACCUACAGUUACACCUACCCCAACACCUGCUGAUAAACCUACAGUUACACCUGCCCCAACACCUGCUGAUAAACCUACAGUUACACCUACCCCAACACCUGCUGAUAAACCUACAGUUACACCUGCCCCAACACCUGCUGAUAAACCUACAGUUACACCUACCCCAACACCUGCUGAUAAACCUACAGUUACACCUACCCCAACACCUGCUGAUAAACCUACAGUUACACCUGCCCCAACACCUGCUGAUAAACCUACAGUUACACCUGCCCCAACACCUGCUGAUAAACCUACAGUUACACCGGCCCCAACACCUGCUGAUAAACCGGCAGUUCAACCUGCUGAUAAACCUGCAGUUCAACCUGCUGAUAAACCUGUGGUUGCAGCUUCCGUAGCAUCCAAGGAGCCAGAAUCCAGCCUGGUGGAUGAGCCUGUCAGGGAGGUGGGGCCUGUAGAAAACGGCAUGGACAGUGAGAAGAACAGUCUAGCUGUCGCUAAGGAGCCAGCGAAGACCAGAGAGCAAGCACAGGCACCUGCGACUCAUUCCCAGAAUGCUGAGCAGAAAAUGCUGCAGAAUGAAACUAAACCGUCAGAGCCAGCCCCACCCACUGCUAGCCAAGCCCCUCCUACUGCUACAUCGGCCCUGCCCCCUACUACUCAAGCCCCGAUUACAGAUGCGUCAACCCCACCCACUGCUACUAAAGCCCCACCCACAGCUACCAAAGACCAACCUACUGCUACCCAAGCUACAGCUACAACUACAUCAGCCCCACCCACUGCUACUAAAGCCCCACCUACAGCUACCAAAGACCAACCUACUGCUACCCAAGCUACAACUACAUCAGCCCCACCCACUGCUUCUAAAGUUCAACCAACAACUGUAUCGGCCCCACCUACUGCUGCCAAAGCUCCACCUGCAACUUUAUCAGCCCUGCCAAUUGCUAUGCAAGCCCCACCAGCGGCUACAUCAGCCCCAACCACUGCUAUCGAAGCCCCACCCACUGAUGCCCAAGCCCUACCUACGGCUACAGCAGCCCCAACUACUGCUACCGAAGCCCCACCCACUGAUACCCGAGCCCCACCUACAACUGCCCCAGCCCCAGCCACAGCUGCCCAAGCACUGCCUCCAGCGGCCCCGUCCCCACCCAUUCAUGCCACUGCCCCACCCACUGCUGCACCCGGCAGUUCCCCCAAGGCAGCGAAGAUCAAGGAUAAGACAGGGAAGCUGCCGGAUGGUGUCCCCAAGGUGGCCCCGUCCACAGGGGAGCCGACUCUGAAUGGGCUGGCCUUUCCGCAGGCGGAGCCUCCCCUGCCUGUGGGGGGCUGUGUACCCGCGAGACGGGAGGAAGAGAAGAAAAGCUUGGCGAGCAAACGGAGAGAAGCCAAGGAUAGACGCACGGCUCCCGUCACCACCGGGCAGGCUAUGCCGAAGCAGCCAUCUCCAGCCUUAAAGGGGUCGCUGGGCAAGUCUGAGACAGGUGCUCUGAACGGGAGUCUGACAUCAUCUACCGACCCGCUUAAAGGCCCGAAACGGGUGCCGGAUGGUUCGGCCGCUCCGGAGCAGCCCGUGUUUUGUGAACUCCCUGGUCCCUCUCGCGGGCUCCCAGGGAGGCAGGAAGGGCCCUCCAGUUGGCUUGACGUGGACCAGAGGUUCCGCGGGAAGCCCAGCGGUGGUGCCGGUGCCCGGGGCAGAGCGGACAGGAAGCUGGUCUCCUCGGCCAGCGAGGACGACUCCGAGGAACCUUCUGCCGAGUUCCAGGACUUCAUCAAGAACGUCAGGUUCAUGGGCCUCCCGUUCCAGCUGCCCAUGAAAAGGCAGGGGCAAGGGCACCCCAAGCCCUCCUCCAUCCUGCCCCCAAUCAAGGAGGACCGCUUCGAGAAGACCUUCGACCCUGCCCAGUUCGAGUUUGGCCGGCGCAAGGUGACGGGCCCCAAGGACCCGUCGCCGGCCAUGUUCAUGAAGCGGAAGAGCGAGGAAGCCAAGUCCAAAAUUCAGCCCAUAAGGACCGGCACGGAGAAAAGCAUGCUGUUCAAAGCACUGUCCAUCGAUCGCCGCAGGGAGGGCCCGAGUUUCCGCGAGAAAGAGGAAGAGGUUGUGGAGGAAGAUGGGGAGGCAGAGGCAGGAGCGACGGAGAAGGUUUCGGAACGUCUGGGGAAGAGUUCGGUACUCUCUAGUCUCAUGGAUUUCUCCAGGACGUCCCGGAAGCCAAACCACGAGUCAGCUGCUUCACCGACCAGACCGCAGGAACUGCCGGCGAUCCCAAAACCGCCUGCCCCAGGAAAGCAGGGCUUGCUGCCCCCGCCACCUCUCCCAGUACCCUCAGGGGUGGGCGGGAUUAUGGGCGGGGCCAUACCGGGUGCAACGGACCAGCUGAUCCUGGCCAACUCCGGCCCCACACCUGCCCAGGACACACCACCGGUGCCUUCCUUCGCUGCUGUGAAGCUUCCGGAUUUUCUGGAGAAGUUCCUGUCCCAGGAUGGGGCAGAAGAGAGGAGCCCGGGGGCCGAACAACGGACCUGGGCUGUGGCAGGAUCCCCAGCCCCCGGCAUGGACCAGGGUGACAUCGUCUCCACCCCUCAGCCUGUCCCGGGUGGGCCGCUGGACAUUUGUGAUUCCCCCAAGCUGGCGCCGCCUCAGCCUAUUCCACCUGCAAUGUACCCCAAGGUCCCAGACGUCAAAGGGUUCCACAAGCGGCCCGGAAAGUUGGUCAUUCAUAAGCAGGCUCAGUUUAAGGGGAAGGCUCUGGAGGUGUUCCGGGACGUGGAGGAUGCCAGUGGGUGGAAACUUUCCCCGGUCGUCUCCGUCAGGGUGGUGAGGGGCUGCUGGAUCCUGUAUGAGGAGCCAGGGUUCAGAGGUCGCACCGUUGCCCUGGAGGAGGGGUCUAUGGAGCUGAUGGACAUUUGGGCUGAUAAAACACUUCCGGGUCAACCGGGUCAGCCAGCUUCCUCGAACCCCAUAGUCAUCGGGUCCGUCCGCCUGGCUGUCAGGGACUACAGUGUGCCGCACAUUGAUCUCUUCACUGAGCUGGAGGGGCUGGGGCGUAGGUCAGCGUACUGCGAUGACACCCUGGACAUGUGCACCUUCGGAAUCCCGCCCAGCACCUCCUCAAUCAAAGUGCAUUCUGGGACCUGGCUGGUUUACAGUGAGCCAGGAUUUCAAGGUGCCGUGGCAUUGCUGGAAGUGGGGGAGUACCCCUGCCCUGAGGCCUGGGGGUUUGCCGAGCCUUUCGUUGGAUCCCUACGACCCCUCAAAAUGGGUGGCAUCAGAGUGGAAUAUCCCACGGAAGUUAAGGCGGUGCUGUACGAGAGGCCGUUCUUCGAGGGAGAGACCGAAGAGCUGACGGGAGAGGUCUUCGAUUUCAGGGAGGCGGAGAGAAAUCCGGACAGUUCCGCCCCAGGAACCUCCAAGCUCAGCUCUGUGGGCUCCAUCAAAAUUAAAGGCGGGCUCUGGGUGGGCUAUGAUGGACCCAGGUUCGAAGGGCGUCAGUAUAUCCUGGAGGAGGGGGAGUACGUGGGCUGGUGGGACUGGGAGGGCAAUAUAGGCUCUCUGGUGUCCCUGCGACCCGUGCUGGCUGACUUCCUGUCUCCCCGACUGAAGCUGUUCACUGAGAGGAACUUUGGGGACAGAGGGCUGAACGCCGAUCUGCUGGGCCCCGUCCUGAGCCUGGAGGAGACUGGAUUCGGGCUGAGGACUCAGUCUGCCGACGUGGUCUCCGGCGUAUGGGUGGCCUUCCAGAACGCCAGCUUCUCCGGCGAGCUGUACCUGCUGGAGCGAGGCCUGUACAGCGCCCCGGAGGACUGGGGGGCGUCCACCUUCCAGGUCGGCUCGGUCCAGCCGGUCUUCAUGGAUAAUCUGCAAAACAUCGACAAGUUUAAGGUCCAGUUGUUCUCGGAGCCCGGGUUCGAGGGCAUGGUUCACGUUCUGAAUGACAGUGCACCGGUGCUGCCCGAUGACUUCUCUGUGGGGUCCUGCAAAGUUCUGGCUGGCAGCUGGGUGGCGUUCGAGGGUCCUCAGUUCACACAGAACAUGUACGUCCUGGAGGAGGGGGAGUACCCCGACCCCCCUGCCAUGGGCCUGCCCCACAAUUCCACCGUCCUCUCGCUACAGACCAUCUGCUUUGAGUUCUCCCUGCCCUCCAUCACUCUGUUCUCCAAGCCCAGCUUCAGAGGCAGGAGGCUGGUUCUGAAGUCGCCUGUGGUGAGCCUGAAGCAGGCCGGGUCUGACGGGCAUGUCCCCUCGCUGCUGGUGGAGGGAGGGAUGUGGGUUUUGUAUGAGAGCAAUAAUUUCCAGGGUCGCCAGAUUGUGCUGCAGCCCACUGAGAUCGGGGAUUGGUACAAGUUCAGUGGCUGGCAGCGAAUUGGAUCCCUGCGCCCGCUGUUCCAGAAGCCGGUGUACGUGCGGCUGCAGAACAGACACACGAGCGGGUGGAUGUCUCUGACGGGGCCGCUGGACGAGGUGAAGCUGAUGCGGGUUCAGGCGCUGGAGGAGACGGGCGGAGUCGAGCAGAUCUGGAGCUAUCACAAAGGGAAACUGCGCUGCAAGUUGCUAGAGGACUGUUGCCUGGAAACGACAGGGACGGUUGUCAUGGCGGGCAGCAGGCUGUGCGUUUCCCCGGAGAUGGGGAAGGAGAAUCAGUCGUGGAGCAUCACGCGGGACGGCUUGGUCUUCUGCAACCUGAAACCCGAUCUGGUGCUGGAGGUCAAAGGAGGGCAGCACUACGACAAAAACCAAGUGAUUCUCAAAGUGUUUGAAGAAAAGAACCUGAACCAGAGAUGGUCUGUGGAGGUCUUGUAAUGCAUCAACAUGGGAGCAGGAGAGAUUUUCAGUGCCUCACUGAGUUUCCUCACUGGACUUUGCGGAUCUUAUGUGCAGCUCCGCAGUGGGCCUCAGGGCCCUCUGAUGCAGCUCCACAGUGAGCCUCCGGACUCUACAGUACAGCUCCACAGUGGGCCUCAGGGCUUUGAGGUGCAGCUCCACAGUGGGCCUCAGGGCUCUGCGGUGUAGCUCCACAGUGGGCCUCAGGGCUCUCUGGUGCAGCUGUCCCAUGGAUCUCUGACAGACAUGCCUUAUGAACUAGGAAUAGAGAACAGCAUUUAUAAACGCUGCUCCCCAACCCUCACCUUUCUGAAGCCUCUAACUUUACGCUUCUGAUGCAGCAUUCCUUCGGCAUGCUCUUCGCUCUGUUCCCUCCAUCCUCAUCCUCUCAGGCAGCCUUUAAAGGUUUUUCCACAUUGUUCUGUUUUACAGACCAACUCGUGAGCUUAUUUCCCUGGAAACCCUUUUUUAACCAUUUAAGGUGUAAUAUCACAAAUGUGUCAUUAGAAUGUUCUGAGCUUGAAUGUGAUGAUCACUACUGGUAAGUAAAAGCAAUGGAGUUCUAGAACACUGACUUAGAAUCUUGAAAAAGCAUUCCAAAACACCUACUCUCCAAAGUGUUAAAUAUAUACAAGAUUUUAACACCAUAACAAGUAUCUGUACAAAAACACUCAUGGAGCAUGCUGGAAAAUGACUGCAAAGCAAGGGAAAAAAUAUGCAAGAACAUUUAGUUCAUAUUUAGGUCCACAAACAACUCAAACUGCAUCGACAUGGUCAAGUGAACCUCUGGGCUGAAGAGGAAACGAAAAGGCCAUCUCAAACUCCAUCUGACAGACAUUCGGGAAUAGGGAGGGUUUGUCCAAAGCUUCAGAGCGUUGAAGUGUUGCGUUUGUCCAUUAUGGACCGUACAAUACAGUAUGUUCCUGAAACCUGAGGGUUUAAAGAGAACCUGAAAUCUGCGCAAACACAAAAAGCGGUACCUGUUGCGUGCUUAAAAUCCAGCACACAGCCUGUGCUGAACUACGCCACACUUCCACUGUUUACACUGGAGCCCGCAAUGGAAAUUUACCUCCUGGAGCACGGGUGUGCGGCAAACAGUCACCCGAUAGGGGGGUGUGUCCAGGCUGGGCUGUCACGAGAACGUGGCUCCUCGUGACCGCCCAGACGGUCUCGCCCCCUCUCGUUCGGUUUGAGCGAGAUCUCGCGUCUUGCAGAGAACACUUAAGUUGAUGUAAUAAUUCACAGGACGUGGUCCGUUUUAUGCAGAUAUACUGACGGGGGCGGUACGUCAUGUGACCGUUUCCAUUAGCCCUUGUUUGUACAUUUUGACCAGGCGUUUUCCUGUUCCCAGACUUUUUCCAGAUUCUGUAACCUAACUGACGUGAGCGUGUUUAUCGCUUACGGCCACAUUUCUGUCCUGCAUACGCACAAGGCUCGUUUCCAUUGGAGAAGCCGAGAAGCUAAAAAAAGGUGAACGCACAUUUUUACGAAUGGCCUAAAUACAAGAUAAUUCAAGGCACAGCUGGUGCCUGUAUAACCUUGGGAUCAGCGGUGUUCACUCUUGCCCUUGGAUAGCUGAGGUCUUGACUCGUUCCUGUUUUCACCUUGAAAGCAGCGACUAGGUCAAACGCAAGUAGCCAGGUGAGGUAAGUGUGUAAUCCGCUUUGAUAAAUGAAGUGCCUCUUAAGUCAAAGGCACCUCCCACAGCUGUGUGGAGAGUCUGAGUGAACACUGCUAGUGAGGAUUACGCAGAGGGGCUGUGAUGAUGAUGCGCAGCCCGGUUCUAUUGAGUCGAGAGAAGCAAAACCGUCGCUGUUACUGUAAUUCCUGGGUUCUGCCUCUAUGUGUAGGGUCCUGUACGGUCAGCCCUACCCAGAGAGGAAGGGGGAAGCCAUUUUGUCUUGAACACAUAAUUAUUACAUAAAUAUUAAGACUUUAUGCCAGUGGUCUCAAACGCGUUGCCAUGGAGGGCCGUGUGUAUGCAGGUUUUUAUUCCAACCAAUUAAUGCUGCCUUAAUUGAGUCCAAUUACUCAUUCGGCCAUAUGCAUUUAACUGCAUUGAAGCACACAACAUAUAAGCAAGUUUUUAUUUAGACUAUGCAAUGCGGGUCACCCUAGACAUUGGGUCACCAUUAUGUGCAAACCUGCAUCCCUAAUUCAGCAAAUUAUUGAACUAAUUAUAUAAUCAAGAUCUGAGGCUGGAAUAAAAACCAGCAUACACACGGCCCUCCAUGAGUUUCAGACCACUGCUUUAUGCACAUGCUGCCUUUGCCGGUUAUAUUUCCCAGAAUUCCCAGGGAGACAGGUCCACCUGAGAAAGCUGUUGUGCCCCCCCAUUUUCCCUGCCCUCUCCAAAGGACCUGGGGAAAACUUUUUAAAAUAACAACUUAAAUGAUGCGCUAGAUGACUCAAAACAGCUAGCACACCAUCGGAGGAGAAAUUCUGUCAACAUUUUUCGGACCACAUACAGACUGCUUCCCCACUAGUGCCGUGUUUACAUCAUGAAGCUUGCCACUUUCGCAGAAUGUGUCCUGGAUCCUUUAGCAAACAGUAUGUACAUAAACAGGCUCAAUGCAUCGAUUUUUAUACUCACACAUAUGCUGUAAUUUACCAUCAACUUUUUAUAAACUACAUUCAAACUACAUUGUGUAAAAAAAAAAAAAAACACUAACUGUCAGCAGGUUUAAAUCCCAUUUCAGUGUGUACUAAAAAUCUAUUUUCUCUGUACAUUUCUGAAGUUACUGAAACUAUAAAGUGCGGUUGAAUUUUAAUAAAUAAAUGUUUGUUUUUCUUA